GUCAUCGGCAUGCGAGAUGCGGGCUAAGGAAACCGGCCUCAGGCGAUAGGAGGACGCCCGCACGCGAGGAAUAUAAAGACGAAUCACUUACCGGCGGGUGUUUCCAUUCGCGUUUGUUUUGCUGGGUGGGUAAGGUGCUACUGCUACAAGAUGAGGUCCUUUUUCGACCGCAGAACCAUCCCGCUGCUGGUGAUUAUAGUGGGACUGUCGGCGGCCCUGAUUGCCGUUUGCAUCGAUGCGUACGCCGGUGACGACGACGAGGUCGAGCGUCCCUCCGUGCCCGAUGGUGAGGCACCGCUCGCGUGUGAUCGUGCCUCGGUAACGACGGCCAGCGGUACGCUGGUGAAGCGCAGUGCCUUCUGUCCCGGCGAUCUUAUCUUUGAGGACAAUUUCGACCGGCUGGAUCUGGAGCGGUGGCAGCACGAGGUUACGCUUGCCGGUGGUGGUAACUGGGAGUUCCAGUACUACCUGAACAGUCGCCGGAAUUCCUUCGUCAAGGAUGGCAUCUUCUUCAUCCGGCCAACGCUGCUUGCCGACGAAACGGGAGAAGAGUUCCUUUCGAGUGGCAAUCUGAACGUUCACGGUGGCACACCGUACGAUUUCUGCACGAACCCCUCUAACUAUGGCUGCGAGCGCCAGGGCAGUCCAACGAACUACCUCAACCCGAUCAAGAGUGCCCGCGUGCGCACGGUGAACUCGUUCAACUUCCGGUACGGCAAGGUGGAAAUCCGUGCCAAAAUCCCGACCGGUGACUGGCUGUGGCCGGCGCUGUGGCUCAUGCCGAAGAUUAACCAGUACGGUACCUGGCCCAGCUCGGGUGAGAUCGAUCUGAUGGAAAGCCGCGGCAAUCUUGACUACAGCGUGAACGGUAAUCAGCUCGGCGUGGAGCACGUCGGCACGACGCUACACUUUGGCCCGCAGUGGGACCUGAACGGGUACGAAAUGGCAACGGCGGUGAAGAACUCCCCGAAGGGGCAAGGUUUCAACAAGGGCUUCCAUCGCUACCAGCUCGAGUGGACACCCGAGUUCAUGCGCUUCUCGGUGGACGAUGAGCAGGUGAUGCAGGUGGAGGGCAACUUCUGGGAGCUGGGUCGCUUCGACGAGCGUAGACCGGGCGUGCAGAACCCGUGGGUGACGGGCGGUAAGAUGGCACCGUUCGAUCAGGAGUUCUACAUCAUCAUGAACCUGGCGGUCGGCGGAACGAACGGAUUCUUCCCCGAUGUGCCGCCGGCAGUGAACGCCAACGGCAACAAGCCGUGGUCGAACAACUCGCCCACCGCACUGCGCGACUUCUGGCUGGGCCGCUCGGACUGGCUGCCCACGUGGAAGCUGCAGGAGAACGACAGUGCUGAAGCUUCGUUCCAGGUGGACUAUGUGCGCGUGUGGGCACUGUAGGUCGGCGAAUCGUAUCGGAUGUGUACUUCUUAAGGGGGCAACGGGUAAUGGUAGAAUGGUAGUUUUUCUAUUUUAUUUUUUUGAUUUCUUCUUCUUUUGUUUCGUCUUCUUGUGCUCGACACGAUUGGGGUUGCCCUGCACGCGGUUCACCUUCAGGGGGACGUACGUACUCUUGACCGGUUUGAACUUUUUCGUGCGCGGCUGAACUGGCUGUUGAUAUUUGUCGCGAGACACACUCACAUCACUCUUCGUAUCGGAAAAGGAAAUAAAAUCUUCCGUGUCCUGAGCAA